AGAUAGGUCAACACUUAUCUGAAAAACAAGUGAAAAAUUUAAAAACUUUGUUAAGCACUGAUCAUCAUAUUGCCAAAGGAAUAACUGAGAAUGCGACACCAAAUGAGAUUUUCUCUAUGCUGGAAGAUGAUGGCAAACUUGGUGAGGGAAAUCUUGGAUUGCUGAAGGACCUAUUGACAUCCCUCAAUGAAUCACAGCUAGCAAAAGAAGUUGAGGAUUUGGAGAGGGUCCAGACUGACAUAUCUGAAUUGCAUGAAAAGCGCGGGUUCAAGGUGGAGGAACUGAAGCCGAAGGAAGGUAGGGAAGCUGUUAAAGGUUCAUCCAUCCCGCUCAUUCUGCCAAACGACCGGAAGUACAACGCGUCCACUGGUGGAGUCGAGGAGGUGCCUGGCGUCCAACGGGAAAGCCUGCAGGUCGUUCCCGAGGCGUUGAAACUACUGGAGGGGAUCGAGGAGCCCGUGAGUGUCCUAGCGAUCUGUGGGCCUAGUCGGACUGGGAAAAGCUACAUUCUCUCCAGGUUGCUUGGCACCGCCGAUGCCUUUGAGCUGGGCCAUCGCAUGGACCCCCAGACAUUUGGUAUCUGGAUGGGCACCAAGGUGCUGCGGGGGAAGGACUUCACUAUCGUGCUACUGGACACGGAGGGAAUAGACGCAGUAGGCGCCAGUGCUGGACAGGACGCCUCUAUCCUGGUGCUGACCACUCUGCUGUCCUCCCAUCUCAUCUACAACUCACUCAACGUGCCGUACAAGGGGGAUCUGGAAAAGCUGCAGUGCUUCAUCCAGUUAGCCAAAGGGGUCACCGUGAAACAUGGACAGAAAACAAAGAUGUCAGCGUUCCGUGAGUUCUUCCCAAACUUCCUGUGGCUGCUGCGUGACGUUUCACUAAAGAUGCAAGACAAAAACCGCAAAGACAUGACUCCGACCGAGUAUUUGAUUACGAAGGUCCUUCGACGUCAAGGUGAUGAUGAUGAUAUUGACGAGUCAACCAGUGACAAAGUAGGACGGGCCAUUCUCUCAUUCUUCCCAUCUGUGGAGUGCGCCACCUUGGAGCGGCCCUCUGGGGACAGGGAGGUGAUGAACAACAUAGCCCAGCACACGGACAGCCUAAACCCAGAGUUUAACGAGGGAGUACAUGAUUUGGUGGUGACGCUGUUACUUAAAGCACGGGCCAAGAGAGGCUACCACAAGGGCUCUACAGUUAGUGGUGAGUAA